AUGGCCACAGCCAAACCCGCUCCGCUCGUAUUCCCCGUCUGGAAAGAUGCCUCCACCAACCAGGUCUACUACACCACCUCCCUCCAGAUCGGGACUCCCCCCAGCUCCAUGAACGCGGUCCUCGACCUCAUGGGCAGGUUCACGUGGCUCGACUGCACCAGCUACAAGUCCUCCUCCUAUCGCCCCAUCCCUUGCCACUCCUCUAGGUGCGGGCCCAACGACGGAGGGCCCUGCACCUCCUGCUCCAACCCCCCCACGCUCAGCUGCACCAAUGGCGUAUGCUCUGUCUUCGUGUUGGCCCCAUACGUGGAGGAGAUGACGUCCUCCGGACUCGGUGAGGACGUCCUGGUCUUGCCCUCCACGAAUGGGAUCAAGCACACGUCCAGGAGCAAAUUUCGACAAUUUCGUUUCUCUUGCGUGGAGUCGUACUGGACGAAGGGAAUCCCGAACUCCACCGAAGGCGUCGUCGGGCUCGCGACCAACCCGAGCACACUCUUCACCGGGCUCUCCACGCAUCUCAACCUCCCCCGCAUACUCGCUCUCUGCCUCCCUUCCUCCUCCUCCGAAUCCCGCCACGGAGACCUCUACUUCGGCGGCGGCCCGUACAUGCGACCCCCGAUCAGGCAAGACCUCGCGAAAUCGCUCCUCCGCACUCAGCUCCUCAUCAAUUCCUGGAGCAUCGCCGAUGUCUCCACCUAUGGCGAUGAAUACUUCAUUGACGUAACUGCCGUUAAAAUCGAUUCCGCUCCAAUCACCUUCAACUCCUCGAUCCUAGUGAUCGACAAGGACGGCCACGGGGGGACUAAAAUCGCCACUCUUACACCGUACACGGGCCUCCAGUCGGCCAUCUUCAAGCCUCUGGUGAAGGAAUUUACGAAGAAGGCGACGGACAGGAAGAUCAAGAAGGCGGCGCCGGUUGCCCCGUUCAGGGCUUGCUUCGACGCGAAGACGGUGAAGAGCGGGGUGGCCGGUCCGAACGUGCCGGCGAUCGUGCUGGUGCUCCAAGGCGACGUGCAGUGGAGGAUCGAAGGAGCGAACUCGAUGGUGAGGGUGAGCGAGGACGUGAUGUGCCUGGGGUUUUUGGAUGUAGGACCGGAGCCAAGGACCGCAAUCGAGAUCGGAGGUCAUCAGUUGGAGGAUAAUCUGGUGGAGUUCGACGUGGGGUCGUUGAAGUUUGGGUUCAGUAACUCGCUUCUCCUUCAGAACUGCAGUUGCUCCCAUGUUUGAGCUGUUGAUGUGAAGAUGGUAAGUUCGCUAGGUGUUCUGGCAUGAAUAAAGAAACAUGUCUUAUACAUGAUGUACCGAUGGAGCUCUUUCCAAAGGACAUCGGGCACUGUCUUCAUUUCAUUUUUCAGACAAUGA